CAUUGUCUAACAUAUAUAUUUCCACUUGGGAUUAGAGGAAUAACCUUCGUCAAUGCAAAUAAAACUUAAUUUAAGUCCCAUUCAUUCUGCCGUAUUGUUUAUUCAGGUUUUAUUGGACGCCGCCAACUUUUGAUCAACCUGCUACAAAGAAAUAUGGGCAAAUAAGUUUAAAAGACUUACCUGCCUCGAGUUCCGGUUGAUGAUUUCCUCCCGCAUGUUGUGUUCGUUCCCAGUCUUCUACGAGCUGAUUUCGGGCCCCGCAGUGUGGACACUUCGAUGAAAACAGAGAUUCGCGGGCAAGCUAGCACAAAAGAAGCAUGAAUUUGUGCUGUGUGUUUUAUUGAUAUGGCCGAUUCUUCUUCAGUCGUUUCAAGUGAAGUUCAGUCUUCAGUUACCAAUGGGGAAGGACAGGUUGACGAGGAGAAAGAGGCCCUCGACGAAGAGACCAAGGUGAACUUACCGCGAAAAUCGAGCGUUCUGAAAAAAGAUGGUAGACCUUCGAAACGAUCCCUACAGAAGUCAGUCUCGUUUAUCGCUCGACCCGAGGACAAACGAAUCAUAAAUGCCGCGGACUGUUUGACCUUCAUGCAGACUGGCUCAGAGCUCAUGAAAAUUCGCUCAAAUUCUCGACAGUAUCAGAGGUUCUUCUAUUUAGACGAAGAUCUCUCGGCCUUGCGCUGGCGGCCGUCUUCCAAGAAGCCCGACAAAGCGAGAAUUCCCAUCGACACGAUAAAAGAGAUCCGCUGUGGAAAAAACACAGAUGUCUUCCGCGAGAUGGACAGAGAUGAUUUUCAAGAAGACUGUGCAUUUUCUAUUAUUUACAGUGACAGUUUUGAGACAUUAAAUCUUGUUGCAUACUCUCCAGACGAGGCAAAUAUUUGGGUGACUGGUCUGAGGUGCCUUUUGGAUUCAGAUAAAGCUAGCAGUCCUGUGGAAAACAGACAACAGAUGCGUGAUAGAUGGUUGAAGGAACAGUUUAUCAUGGCCGACAAUGGAGGAAAAGGAAGACUCAAUGAGAAAGAAGUUCUCUCUGUGGUUAGACAACUCAAUGAACAAAUCCCAGAAAGUGUAAUUCGGCAAAGAUUUAAGGAAGCAGUAGCAGUCAGUCCCGAUUCUCAAAAGAAUAGUUUAUCUAGAGAAGAGUUUCUUUCAUUUUACAAAGAACUCACUACAAGACCCGAGGUUUAUUUUCUUCUGGCAAGGUAUACAAGCAAUAGCGACUACCUAACAACGGAUGAUUUACUGCUUUUCCUGGAAGCUGAACAAGGGCUUUCUAGGGUAGGCAAAGAACAUUGUUUAGACAUAAUCAAAAGAUGUGAGCCGACAGAGGAAGGCAGAAAAUUAAAAUGUUUAGGAAUUGAUGGUAAGUUCCUAAUUAGACUAUUAAUUACUUGUAUUCGACUUUAUUUGUGUCAAUGUACAAAUUUAUCCAUUCGAUGUUUUGCGAUCGAAGAGACGAGAUAUCCACUUAUAUUAUCCAUAGAAAACCAUUGUAGUGUUAAACAACAGCAAGUUAUGGCAAAGUAUCUGAAAGAAAUUUUUCAAGAUAAACUUUAUACAAUUCAACCAGGAGAAAACGAGUCGUAUCUUCNGGGGGGAACUAGUAAUUCCCAAGGGGCUGACUCCUUGACUCCUCCUUCGAGUUGGCCUUUGGUCAGAUACUUACUAGAAAAUCAACUCAGUGGUCCGUCCAGUGUAGAGGCUUAUAUCGACGCACUUCAAAAAGGCUGUAAAUGUGUAGAAUUGGAUUGUUGGGAUGGAAGCGGUGAUGAUCCUGUUAUCUACCAUGGUCACACUCUCACUUCAAAGAUUCUCUUUCGUGAUGUUUUAGAAGCUAUAGAUGAACAUGCAUUCACAAUAUCUCCAUAUCCACUUAUAUUAUCCAUAGAAAACCAUUGUAGUGUUAAACAACAACAAGUUAUGGCAAAGUAUCUCAAAGAAAUUUUUCAAGAUAAACUUUAUACAAUUCAACCAGGAGAAAACGAGUCGUAUCUUCCAUCACCUGAGGCUCUCAGGGAGAAGAUUCUUGUCAAAAACAAGAAGCUUCCAUCUGAUGUGAAGACAGACAGUGGUGAGGUCAGCGAUGACGAUGACGAACAAGAGGAUAACUUAGUUAUGAAUGGCGACUGUAAACUCGAAAGACAAAACAGUAAACAAGGAAGCAUAAAACGGCAAAUAGGCAAGGAUCCUAACAAGAAACCGAAGAAGACGACUAAGCUAGCAAGGGAGUUAUCUGACCUAGUCACGUAUUGUAAAUCUGUUGCUUUCCAAGACUUCCAGAAUUCUACCGAAAACCAAAAAUGCUGGGAAAUGUGUUCAUUUAGUGAAAAUGUCGCCAGGAGGUUGACACAGACAUUUCCUGAAGAGUUUGUAAACUAUAACAAGACGUUUUUAAGCCGAGUGUACCCUGCUGGGAAGAGAGUGGACUCGAGUAACUACAAUCCUCAGGAGAUGUGGAACUGUGGCUGUCAACUUGUGGCAUUGAAUUACCAAACCCCAGGUCUUAUGAUGAACCUAAACACAGGAAAGUUCCUCGAGAAUGGAGGAUGUGGAUAUAUCCUUAAACCCGCUGUCAUGAGAGAAGAAAUAGCAUAUUUUAAUCCAAAUACAAAAGAUGUUAUUCCAGGCGUCUCCCCGCAAAUACUGCAAAUCAAGGUCAUUAGCGGUCAGCAGUUUCCCAAACCAAAGGGCUCCACAGCUAAGGGUGACGUGAUUGAUCCAUUUGUCACAAUCGAAGUGUUUGGCAUCCCGGCUGAUAUUUCACAGGAAAGAACAAGAACGGUUCCUCACAAUGGUUACAACCCAGUCUUCGACGAAACCUUCGAGUUUCACAUCAAUCUCCCUGAUCUGGCUCUAGUGCGGUUCGUUGUACAAGAUGAUGAUUUCAUUGGUGAUGGGUUCAUCGGACAGUACACUAUUCCUCUGAACUGUAUCCAACCAGGCUACCGACACGUGCGCCUUCUGUCAUCACACGGAGAGGAACUGGACUCGGCCACCUUGUUUGUUCACGUGACCAUCACAAAUCUGAACGACGCUGCGGCUCAAAGACCGAGAAAAGCUUCUUUGAGGAAGUCAAAGAAAGCGAGGGAGUAUACUAGUAUGAAAACUGUGGGUGUCAAAGCGGUGGAUGAUACGUUUAAGCUGGCUAUUCAACCACUUAGAGACGGCACAGAUCUCAGAGAAAAUGUUCAAACAGCUCUUGGAAAUUUCAGGGAGAUCUGUGGCGUGGCUCCCCGGUCAAACCUUAAACAGUGCAUAAGACUGCUGACUUCUAGAUUACAAAGCACUUCAGAGUUUAUCGCUUUGAACCUGGUCAUGAAGGAUGAGUAUCCUUAUUUCGAGGCUCAUGGAAGUUUGCCAGAGAUGUUAAAGAAAGCGUUGGCAGCGAUAGAGCAGGUAGUUCAAGACUCUAAAACAUUAAUCGAAACUUGUGACUCCGUGCACGAAAGGAUUAUUCAGAGCCAGAGAGCUGGGUUGGAGUGGCACGAAGAGCUACACAAUGCUUGUGGAAAAGAGGGCAUUAAAGGCAAGCGGUUAACGAAGGCUGUGGAGAGCUAUGCGUGGAACAUCCGUGUGUUAAAAGGCCAGGCAGAAUUACUUUUAAACGCAAAAGCGGAAUGCCAGGAAUAUCUUCGACAGAUUCAAGAGGCGACUCUAGCGACUGGACUUGUCAAAUCCGUUGGGUGUAAUCUCUGACUGAGUACCAAAUUUAUACGUCAUGUCCCCUCCCUAUAUAUACGCAUGUGCGCUGUAAAUACUCGAAUACAGUUAGGGUAUAUUGUAAGGACACUGCAGUGGUUCGUAAGUGACGAUAUGUAGGUUUUUUUAUUCACUGUAUAUUUGCCUCCUGUCAUUGCACUGAGCUUUAUAGCAGUAUUUUCCGCGAGUUGGGGAAAAUCUUGUUGUCAAGAUGCCAUGUUAAUCUCAAGUAGGUUUUGGUAAAUUCCCAACUUUAAACACUUCUUGUUUCUUUACUUCUUAAAGGAUAGGCCCGCGUAAAUGCGGGCUGACUCUGCAUUUUACGAAGAUCAGAUAGAGCUGUGAUAAUUUCCUGGCAAGGGUUAACUGCUCAAAUUCGUGUUCUCGGUAUAGGACUGGAACUAGCUUGCAACUGAGGCUAACACGGGGAGUCUAUAAAUGUAAAUGACAUUAAUCGUUUUAAUGAUAUUCCCCGCAUUGGCCUCCAUUGCAAGCUAGUGCCAGUCCAAUACCGGGAAUACAAAUAUGGUUAUAUCAUAUACGAUGAUGGUUGUAGCUGGGAAAUCGGACGAUACGAAUCAAGUGAGAAAAUUGUAAAUAUUAAUUCAACAAGUAAUUUAAAGGAAAAACAUUGUAGAAUUGAAAGAAGAACAUUGCAAACCAAGGUGUUUUUGAGAUUCAUCUUUAACUUGCUGGUUUUCUCUUCUCUAGGCCGAGAUACCAAACCAGUGACUCGAGAGAUAACAUUUCUCUUAUCCGACUUCUCAAGUUGUUUAUCGAACAUUCGAGAGUUUUGCGAAUUUGUUGAUAAUUGUCUAUCAAAAAAAAAAACCCGCGAUGUAGAUACAAAGACGGUCCUAUGAAAUAUUUGCACGCGUUGCGGACCUGUUUAGCAGGUUUGUAGUUUAUUGUGACCUUGUAUUAUAAUUCAGAUAUAAGAUUUUUUGACUCGGUUUUUCUUAUACGUUUUGUGAUUAUUUAUUUUAAUUGAUAUCGUGUACAGAGACUGACUGAAUGUAUUUGUAAGUAGUUCAAACUCACGGUAAGAGAUACCAGGUCAGCUGAAAAUAAAACAUCGACUAAAACGUUGUG